UUGAUCUUUCUCUUUUCGAUAUUAAAGUAUUCAAUCAUAAUCAUUCAACAAUCAACUGAUUCCUGUUAAAAUGUUAAAUCCUAUCGAAGGUUGUUGGAGUGUUGACGUGUUUAGUGACUCGUGGUGUCAGUUGACGGACAAUUUGUCUUUGUCUUGUCCAUAUAUAUAGCUACAAUGGAAUAUAGUACUGAUUCAGACAUGGAUUCUGAUUCAAUAGCUGAUAAUCCUCAAGAAUCAUGCACGUCGACAUCUCGUACUCAGAAACCAAAGAAGUGGGCCUAUACGAAUAAAUAACAAACAGCUUGGGAAUCAAAUUCCAAAUUUUCUAGUUGGAUAUCUAUAAGCAAAAAGGGAGAUUCAUAUUUCUAUUGUAAGUCUUGUAGAUGUGAGUGCAAAGGAGACGUAUCAGCCGUUUAUAAACACAAUACUUCGAAAAAACAUAUUGAAUUAUCCAGUAGCGCUAAAGUCGAUAGUGUUUUCAAUAUGCUUUCUAUGAUAAACCAAAAGGCUGUGAUAAAAAAUAUAAAAGAAACUGAAAUUCGGAUUGCUUCAUUUGUGGUUGAACAUAACAUUCCAAUUAAUGUUUCUGAUCAUUUAGUUAACUUAAUUAAUUCGAUAAAACUUGAGCCUAAACAUUUGGCAAAGUUAACAUAUGACCGAACAAAAUGUACUUCGAUCAUUAACAAUGUCAUUGCGGCCACUAGAUUUGAAUACCUGAAAAAUUAUCUAAAAACCAACAAGUUUUCGCUUUUAGUGGAUGAAUCCACAGACACCAGUUCUGUGAAAAAUUUAGCAAUGGUGGUGCGGACAUGCCAGAACUUUGAAGUCAGUGACCAAUUUCUCACCCUACUUCUAGUAGCCAACGCUACAGCUGAUAGUAUGUAUAAGGCAAUUACGGAUUUUUUCAACAGUUAUGAUAUACCAUACACAAUAAAUUUAAUUGGUUUUGCUGCUGAUGGUGCUAAUGCCAUGAUGGGUAAGAGUCACUCAUUACAAAGUUUUUUAAAAAAUGAUAUUCAAGAAUUAUUCGUGAUGAAAUGUGUGUGCCAUUCCUUGGCACUUUGUGCUGAGUACGUAUGUAGAAAAUUGCCUGAUGAGGUCGAAACGCUUAUAAGGAAUAUUUAUAAUUUUUUUAAUCAUAGUUAUAAAAGGCAAUAUGAGUUUAAAGAAUUCCAGCACUUUUUUGAAGUCAAUCCUCAUAAGCUGUUGCAGUUGAGUUGCACCCGAUGGCUGUCGUUGUUAAUGGUUGUGAAGCGAGUAUUAGAACAUGCUAUACUUACCCCCUGUAGGGUCGAGGAUUAGAAUAGACCCACAGUAACUCCUGAUUAUCGUAGAAGGCGAUUAAAAGGAGGUAGUGGAGGGCAGUAGUAACCGCUACUACCUACCAUUGGCGAACUACAGCAGAACUAACGGCAAUGGAAGGAUUUGACAGAGGCAGUUUGGGCAUAUUCCAAACACUGGCCUGUCAACUGCGAUGUGGAAGGAAAAGGAUACCACCACAUAAGAACUCCACGGUAUUUUUCCAGCCCAAAUUGAGAACCCCUGAUCUCAGUAAAAAUCUCCAUCUGGCGGGCUAGUAUCGAGGGACAUUUGUUGUGAA